AUGCCUCUGGAGGUGGUGGUGGAGCUUCAGAUCCGGGCGAUUUCCUGCCCAGGUGUGUUCCUUCCUGACAAGCAAGAUGUGUACCUUGGGGUUUACCUCCUGAAUCAGUACCUGGAGACAGACUGCUUUCCCUCUGUGUUCCCUAUUAUGAUUCAGCAGAGAAUGAGAUUUAAAAAGUUAUUCGAAAAUGCUAUAGAUCCUGGAGCUGUAGCAGACAUUUUAGAAAGCUUCCUAACCAGGUUUGAAUUAAUACAGCUAGUGUCACCAGUGUGGGAAGAGUUGGCCUACUAUGAAGAAAACACACGGGAAUUUCUUUUCCCUGAGCCCAAGCUGACACCUUCGAACCCUGGGGUGUUUAGGGAGGUGCUCAUGAAAACGACUGCAGGUUUUCCAGGCAUUGCUCCCAAAAUAGAGUUUUCUACGAGGACAGCCAUCAGAGAAUGUGUGUUUCUGCAUAGAAACAGAUUUCUUGAAGAAACCUAUAAGUCACAAAGGCCUUUAUCUGCAUCAUGUGGACCAAAAUUCCCCUUAAAUAAUACACAAGUGAAGCCAAGAGAAAAUAAUCUCAAAAGACUGCCCCAAAGCAUGCAGCCCUGGGCACCCUCUCCAUAUUCUACCAGGCGUUUCUGCCAGGACCAGCCAGCUCAACUGAACCUUGGAAAUAAUUUAAGAAUCUCCAGAGAAAGCAAACCUCCAUUUGUAGUUAGACACGUGGACAGUGCCAAGCCCUUUGGUGAGAAUAUUUUAGACCAUCAUUCCCGGAAAUCUAGAAGAAAAUCUAAGUUUUCAAACUUUCCCUUUCCAAUGAGAAGAGCUUCUUCUCUUGACAGCCUUGCAGCUAACGUAAAGGUUAUCAAAGAACCAGAUGAACGGAUUGUUUUAAGGAAUGAAUCACCAUCACCGUUAUAUUCCAGUAAGUUCGGAAAGCCCUCGCCCAAUUACAGUAACCAAGGAGAUGCGGAUUUCCACCUGGAAACUUCAUUUGCCACCUCCCAGCACUCCAGGUCUGCCAGCCCUCGGCGGGACCAGCCCCUUCUCCGAGAAAGGUUCCACCCUGGUUCUCAGUCCACGUGGAAGAAGAUCCAUGAAAGGAUCUGCAGUCUUCUGACAUCCCACAGAGCUCGGCAACACCUAAACAAGGAAGAUUUUAUCCCUGAAGUAAAUUAUACUCUUGAAAGACCAAGCUACCCUCUGAAGAGCUCCGCAGUGCACGCACAGAGAUAUUUUUAA